CCACAAAACCCUUCCAUGACGCUAGCUAGUUCGCCUUCACCAGCCGGUUUCUCCACCGCGACAGAACGAGAAAGAGCGCAGGCCAUGAGUUCGUACAGGAUGAUACGAAGCACAUCGUCGGCUCACCACCACAACCACCAGCACUGCAAGGCGAGCGAGGUGCUGCGAUUCGCGAGGAGGACGCCCUACCACCAGCCGGCCAUCUCUUCCGGCUACUCCCAGGCCGUGGCCCGAAGGAACGAACGCGAGCGCAACCGCGUUCGACUCGUCAACAUGGGUUUCGCGGCCCUAAGGCAGCACGUGCCCAACUUCACGCAAAACAAGAAGAUGAGUAAAGUGGACACGCUACGCUCGGCGGUGGACUACAUCAAGGCGCUCCAGGAGCUCCUCGAGCGAGGUGCCAGCCAACAGAGGCACGGUGGUUCCGAGAGGGACACUGAAGACGACGAUGCCGAUGAGACUUCGUACGAAGGAAACCCUGACCAACGGCAGCGGCACGUGGUCACUUCUUUCGAAGACACGGAAGGCUACUACGACUUCUCGCACAUCGGAGAAGACAAUGCUUCAUCACCGGUGGACGUGCCACCCUCGACCGUGUCCGAGUCUUCGGCGAGUGCCUUGGACUGCUACGGUGCGGACGAUGCGGAGCUCAUGGACUUCUGCCAGCCGUGGCUUGUGUAAUAGCUGAAACCGUGGGGCGUCAACUCUAGGUUCCGUGAGACACUGCCAUUUUCAGAAACACAGGGCCCGCUCCAAGUUGUCUGGAGAGAAGCUGAGUAUGCCCGGCACACAAGGACGCGUUUUUGUUAUAUGUCACACUCGUAGAGAAAUGUUUUUGUGGCGUACGUUGCUGCAUAUUGCAGCACAUUGAACUUUUAACACUGAAACAUGUAUAUGUUUUAGGGUUGUAUAUCUCGGAGCGGCGAAAGCCGAAUGUCUCAAACAACUGUUGAGCUCUUCGCACCGUGCAAGAUCCAUAUAAGCUUUUUUUCCUUCUUUGCAGACUUUCUACGGGUCAUAAAGCGAGGCAAUUUUAAAGCUGACCCAGCCUGUGGAGCAUGCUUCGAUGUACAUGAAUAUUUUCUUGCAAUCCUUUGAACGGAAUGUAACGGUACAUUUAUAAGGGUGUCACAAAGUAACAAGCCCCGCUUGUGCUCAGAAACACUGCCGGUAAAAGAAAUUUCUUCAUUCUAGCCGGCACAGUUCAUGGCAGUUUUCCAUGAUAAGGGGUGGUUAUCUGAGAUCAUAUCCUGAGGCCAUACUGCAACAAGAUGUCAGAAUCGAGUUAUACUGCCUUUAUAGCAAGCAAUGCCACAUGCAGGGAAGUGCAACCUUUGUCAUCCACAUACUAAACGUACUAAAAUUUUUUCUGUCUACUUCACUGUCUAAUCAACGAUAGAAAAUUCGUGAGUGCUGACUUAUUACUUUUGUGAGCAGUAAUAGAAAGCAUCCGUUUAUGAAAGCGAAAAAUGUGCUCAUGAAAAUUUGCGAACCUUUUAUUUCUCUCCGUUCAGAAGCAAGUUUCUCAGGCGAUGGCUCUGCCGGCUUUGCCAGUACGGGUAUAAGAGCAUAGAUUUUCAUGUUAUCAAAGCUCUAAAUGUGACUAGCUUAGCUAUAGUAACCUAUGAUAGAGCCUGUGGUCACAAGAGGGUCUGUAAUUAUUUAUGUCACCGCGCAGCUUCCUUUCUUUAUCACAAAUGAAACCACUACAAAGAUAUGUUUCUUUGUUGAUAUGUAUAGCAGAAAAGUUAAUGUCGUCCUCUUAGUAUCCUGUUUAAAUCGCCUAUCUUUCAACUUUCAUGGAACAUGGUAACCACAUCGUGUACGUUGCGAAGCAAAGCUCUGGACAAGUUCAUGUGAGCUGUUCCUGUUGCCUUCCCAUAUCAUGUUAGGAACAAGCUGUGUUCACCCAAGCUUUCAUGUUGUACUCAUUCUGAAACUGAAGCUUAGAUAUCUCUAUUUCUGAUUGAAAGGUCUAAAAUAUAUAAGACAUGACAAUACAUCUACGUUUUCGUGAAAGGCCUUUAUUCUCAACAUGAGAAACUCGAGGUUCUGUCAAGCUAUCUCGUCUGAUUACUUGAGUUUGUAGAGUUUAUUCACUUUACACAAGUCGACCAAAGACCGAAAGUGUCUGGUGACAGCGCCGUAUUUUGAAGAAAUAAAUAAAGCCGAUCUUUUUUUGUGA